AUGUUGGAUCAGCAGGAGUCAUCCGCUUGUUACAACGAGUACAGCCCAUGUGACCAUGCAUGGACAGCAUCGUAUCAUUCGGCAGACAAAGUCUACGAAGAUGAGUCUGACUACGAGCUGGCCUUCGACCUUCAAGGGCGUAAGCAUGUCGAACAGCGCGAUAAUGCAGAUGGCAUUUAUACAAUAACAGAUAGUAACUCGAUCACACUCUCCAUGUACACAAUGCCAGGGAAAGAAAGCGCCAACGCGCUCCGCAGCUCUCUCUACAAUCACUUGCCCCUCCAUCUCAUCACCGACGAAUAUGGCGAAGUGACGCCUCUCAAUGACAUCCUCAGCAAUCAUCUGCCCAAGCUACAAGCAAAACUUUGGCGAGAGCUUCCCCAGCUUCUCGCUGCAAGGCUAUCAACACCAGGGCCAUCGCAAGCUCGGAGUCCAUUCGUCAUAAGCCCCAUGGCGCAGGUGCUGCCGUCUAUCAGCAAUACGGUCUUGUCGGAAGACGAGCAGCUCUUGGCUCGUCAUGUCAAGACGAUUGCCGAUCUACUUGAUUCUAACCACAUCUUUGUCCUCCGUGAUGGUUCAAAGAUGCGUUGUUACAAUCUGACAUGCUGUACGCAGGAUGACAACCAUACCUUCCACACGCACAUCAUCACGAUUGAGCCGCUUCUCGAUUGGGGCACCGUUACCCCUGUGCCUAAUUUGCUCAUAUCUCAGGGAAAGGUACUAGUUUUCAGCCGCGACGGCGAGAAAAUGGCCGACCCUCUGUGGACACUGGAAGUAAAGGCUCUUGCCCGGAAAGAGCCUCUCGCCUAUUGCAUUCGGUGCUUGGAGCAUCUAAUGCGCAUGAGAGUCAAAGCUUGGGCGAUUAUCGACCAACUCGGGCACGUUGCGUAUGGAGCGAUCCAUCCGUAUGACAGACCAACUCGUUCUAUUCACUAUGGGAACAAGCAGACGGAAGUUGACUGGCUUUCUAAAGAACCAUACUUUGCUUCAGACUCUGUGAACAGCGCAUCAGGAAGCAGUGAGCUGUCGAACUCUCACAAUCAGGCGGGUGAUCAGGUCACAGUAACACCUUUGCAGCUCGACGGCCCCAUUGAUUCCCUGCGUCCAGAGCAGCGCCUACUCGCUCCAAGUCACUCCAUGGAAACCCCACGCCUCCGAUCCAAAUUGAAUCUCUCUAGUACAGUUGACCGGUUGGACCAGAAGUGGAGUUCUCACAUGGAAGAGGCGGCUGAAGCCUUAGAGUCAAAAGAUUCACCACAUGGAGCUCGACCAUUCACUCAGGCUCCCGGGCUGACUUCGAGUGAAAAUGUCGCUUCGCCUCUAGCUACUAGAACUUCCACCUGGAACCCUGUCAAUCAGCCUCUUCCCACUCCUGCAACACCUGCAUCCAACCAGACCUUUUAUUACUCGGACACACCACGUCAUCUGCGGUCCGACAGCGGUGACCAUCAACCGAGCUCACCAGCCUUUCGCAACACUACAAGUCCCGUCACCUCUGGCCAUAAGACAACACGUCGGUUCGGUUGCGAGAUUGACACAAACGCAGUUGUUACAUACCUGCGGGCCACUACCGAAUUGACGGAAGACAUGAUAAAGGAUAAAAAAUCAAAGUCUGACAUUCGGAGCUUCUUUGCGCCUGUUCGCUGCCCUUCCGCACAAAUACCAGGGACAGAUUUCGAUGCAGUAAAGACUCGCCUCAACCCCAUACUGAUAUCCGACAGCUCGGAUUCAAUUGAUGAGUCCGAGGAUUCCAGCAACGCAAAGAAUCCCCACGAGCUCAAGGGAGAGACACGCCAGCUCAAGCCUCCGAAGAGAAAGAAGAUAUCCCCGAAGAAGAAGAAGAAGUCACCGACGCGUCCCAAAACCGGUGCCGCAAUCAAACCGCUACCCAAGAACAAGACUGAACGGCCCCAACCCAUCUUCUCCCCGCUAUUCGCCAAGCGCCUCCCUACCAAGCUUGAAGACAUCCCGGACACGGUCUCAGAGGAUACGUUCAAGGCAUACCAAACCCGCCUCCCGGAGCCCAACGACUUGAUUUGCUCGUGCCAAAAGCCCGCGCGAACACUCGAGGUCAAGAUUGCGCAGUGUGCGGGCAACGAGUGCAUAGUUGGCUGGUACCAUUACAUGUGCCUAGAAAAGCGGGAGAAGCUCAAAGCAAACUUUGGAACAAUGGUGUGCCAGCACUGCAUUGUUGACAAACAAUUUGCCGACCAAGACCAGAAGAACGGGUGGAGUGUUGACAAGAUGGUGCAAGCCGAGACGCAAGUAUCCUUCACGAGCAAGGAGCUGUUGGGCGCCUUCCCGGAGAUCGGAGGUGUUAUGGGAGUCAAGAAUCCGUAUGGGCUUGCUGUUGCUACUGCUGAGGACGAGGCUGGCUUGCUAGAUUCCGCCGCAUCGAUGUCGGCCCCGGAGAAUCAUGGCGUUCUGGGUUCGCUUGCGUGCUUCGGAUAUGCCGACUCUCGACCUCAUGUUGUUACGGAGGCGUAUACGAAUGCGCAGGCAUACGUAUAUGAUGCCGAAGACUAUGACGUAUACUACGAUGAGGAGGAAACUUUCUACGAAGACGAGAACAUGUACUACGACGAGGAGACUAUGGAGGAUAAGGACGAGGACGAUGAUAUGCUGAUAGACGAAGAGACUGAAUCGGGUUAG